ACUCCCCACAAAGUUAAUUUGCAAGAGGUUACCAACAUGAUGUCUCCAGACAAAAGAGACAACGCCAAAAACCAUCCAUCCAUCCAUCCAUCCAUUUUCUACCGCUUAUUCCCAUUAGGGGUCGCUGCGGGGCUGGAGCCUAUCCCAGCAUCUUUGGGCGUCCACGCUCACAUUCACACCUACGGGCAAUUUGAAAGUGGCCAAUUAACCUAACCCUACUUAGGCAUGUUUUUUGGGAUGUGGGAGGAAACCGGAGUACCCGGAGUAAAAUUUAAGCAGACACAGGGAGAACAUACCUGAGCCGGAUUCGAACCCAGGACCUUCUUGCUGUGAGACGACAGUGCUAACCUCUACUGCCAAGAACCAUUUAUGGAUUAAUCCAUGAGCCUACACUACUUCCACAGGAGUAGCACUGUGUCACUAUGUUUCAAGCCAACAAAUUCAGACAAAUGUUUAACUCCAGACCCGUCUUUCUCCACUUCUACAUUGCAAAUGAAUAAAAGGUACUAGAAAAUGUUAUCUUAUGUAAAUGUAAAAACAACUUUACCACAGUUGACUGAAAGUUAGUGACCAAUGUUCUAGUGUUUGACAUUCACCUGUACUUGUCAUUUAAGUCCCUUCUCACAUUGAUUAUAUUAUUUUGCAUAUCUGUAUCCCUCACAGUGAUAUAGAUAAGCUCAUACAGAAGGAGACUGACAUCCUGUACACUUGUCCUGUGCUUCAGUUCCCAAUGGAGAAAUUGCCACCAAGUGGACACGAGUUGUUACUGCCAUUGCUGUUGUGAUCCUCGCUCAUUUUGAGCCUUUAUAUUCCUGAGAAUAGAGUCGGUGCUUUUUAUUAUGUUGAUAGGUAUGACACAAAUGUAGUACUUGUGAAACAAUUGAAAUGGUCAAGAUUGAGAGUUUGAAAACAGAUUUUUUUCUAAAAUAUGAUUAUUUGGGAAUAUUUUGGAAACUUUUUUAAGUGUAAUCUUAAAAAAUAAGACAGAAUCUACUCCUCACGUCUCACAAAAACAACAUAAAAAGCUUCAUUUGACUUAAAAGGGGUUAAUGAGUGAAGAAGGGCUUGGGUAUUAUGUAAAAUAAAGGCAUAUUGGUGUCUUAAAACAUACCAUUGAACCAUUUUUUAACUAUAGCACUAAUUUAACCAUCUAAAUUAAGUUAUUUUGUCUAAGGGACUUUUUAGUAAUCACAUAAUAUAUUGCCUUUGACAUGUCAUUAUUAUUAGAAAUGUGUUUUUGACAUUAAAUCAUGCUGUAGGUCUCAUAAAUUAUGGAGCAACAAUUAAUGCCAGCUUAUUGUCAAAUUCUGUUAGAUAAAGAUGUUCAUAGUUAAUCUUUGUGUGCCUGAAACAAAGGCAUUCAAAGUAGUUUAUGUAGCUUUGCAUUGCAGAGCCUCUUAGAAAUGAUUAGCCCUUUUCAAUCCACGUUGCGCCUCCCCUGGAAUUUUAACUCUUUCUUAACAGUCAGAUAGUCUUUAAACUCUUUAUUGGACUUUUUUGUUAUCUUAAGUGAAAGAAUACUUUUAAAGGAUGCGUACAUUUAGCCUCAAACUGGUCCUUUAACACAGAGAAAGUCACUGUUUCGAGUUUCCUGCCUCUUCCAAAUGAUGAAGAACAUUGGAGAGAAAUUCCCUGUUUUCACUACUCCGCCAUUAACACCCAUCGACCAAUAGGAUAUCGUGUUCUAUCAGAAAUCCCGCCUCCUGCAGCUUCUGAUUGGCUCACUCGCUCCUCUAUUACCUUUCAUCCGCUCCGCGCCCCAGGGAAUAAGGUAAGCUAACAGCGAGCGAAGGAAGAGGAAAAGCUUAUUACCAGGGGGUAGGAAGAGGCACGCCAGCCUGCCUGUGAAAGUGAAUUUUAGUUGUCAGUUUCUAUCUUAAUUUUAAACCGUUAUUCGUCUAAGAAGAGGGACGACAUCCAGCAGAAACGAGAGAGUUGGGAAUCAACAGGUACGUGAAGCAGCAGCAGGUGCAUUUUGGUAUCGCUGUGACCGUUGAGUUUCGGUUACCAACUGUCAACCUGGAGGAUGUUUGUCUAUUUUCUUCUAAAAUAUAUCAUAUAUUAGCUGUAGGAGAGCAAACUUCAUCUCUCGGGGAAGUCAUAGGUUUUUAAAAGUUUGUACACCGUUUUGGUUGAAAUGAAUUCUGUUCUUUUAUAAGCUACAACUGUUCUCAGGUCAGCUCUGCAGGGUCACAGCCCUCAAUAGUGUGUUGUAGACACUAUUUUAUGUUAUAUUGACGUUAUUUAAUUGGUGUUUUAUCCCAGAAGAUAUAGCCUUUUUAGUAUUUUGCAUUGGUGUUUUUUGUUUUAAUAAUAACUGUUCAAAUCUGUAGGUAGAUUGUCUUUAAAUAGUUAAAGUAACCCAAUUUCUACAAACAAUCAUUUCAAUCAAUAUCUUAAUUGGGUUUUAUGUUGCUACUUUAGAGACUAGGGCUGGGACGAUAUGCUUUUCUCCUGAUUCGAUUCUUCUACGAUUUUUUGGAUGCCGAUUCAAUUUAAAUUGCGAUUCUUUGAUAUUGACGAUUUUCUCGAUCUUUAAGGUCCUUACAUACUGGGAGCGUUUUUUUCGUGCAAUCAUUUUAGAUGUCAGUAUUGUUUUCCGAACUCGUAUCCUGUCAAUACAAGUGUUUACAUCAGCAAUGUUUUCCCGUCCUGCAAUAUUGCGGAAUUAAUUUUUUCGUAUCACGGUCGAAUUUUCUUAAGUUUGGCAUACUCUGUGUCCACUUCUGACCAAUCAGAUUUCGUUUUGUUGCGACGUCAGAUUCACCGGCAUAUCCAACAUGGUCGACCAGCUGAUUGUUUACGUCAGGCAUGUCAAAACUGGCCUCCAAAUAUUUCUUAAUUUUGCGUCCUACAUUUCCAUCAUUCCUGGUGUGUAAGGACCUUAAAUCUGGAUUUUUUACACCAGUGAAACAGUUUAAUGAUAAUGAUUGUCUCCUGACUAUUCCAGGAAGCAUAUUUCCCCAAAAAAUACACAUCACAUAUAAGUCAGUUUUUUUAACAUAAAAAUCGAUUUAAAAAUUGUAAAACAAAAAUUUGCAAUACCUAUGUGAAUCGUUUUUUUCUCCCACCCCUACAAACAAUCAUUUCAAUCUAUAAAACUUAGAAGGGUUUUAUGGUACUACUUUAGAGAUAAGUGUUUUUAAACCAUCACCUCAAGUCCAUAAAAACAAUAGUAAUGGUAAUGGUGGUCAGUUGCAGCCCUGUAAUGGAUGGUGUGGAGUGGAGAAAAACAGCAACCCAAACUACUGUCAUCACCACAUUUAAUUGCUGUUGCCUUGUGCCUUGUAAUUAACUCAUGAAACGCCUGUUGUUUGCCUGUACUGUAAGAACAACAGGCUAUUUUCCUUCUCUAACCUUAUCUCCCUAUUUUCAAUUGAUACCUGGCUCUGAAUUAUGCACAGGAUGGCCUUUCUACCUAAUGACUGGACUAUGUUUUAUUUAAAGUGGGAACAAAAGGCACCCGGGCUGCGGCAGGGUUGCUUUGUGGGGAAACCAGACACUGGUGUUUUGUGCUGCGGCUGAAACCGAAGCGCUCAUGAAGUGCGUUAGUCGGACGGUGGGAGCAGGAGGAGCACAGUGGUCUCUCUGUGUGUGUGUGGUGGUGCUGCUGGAUGGCCUUGUUGAGACAGCUGACCCCUUCUGGACUCCACUGUGCCCACAGAGAUUGACCUGGAGGCUGCAGAGAAAUGUGAGUUGAGGUGUGUGUAGGUGUAAUGCAUACUGAUAUGGAAGCAUACAGAUGGAAAAAAGCCGUGCUAGAUAGAUUGAUAGAUGGUUGAAGUCAUUGAUAAAGUUCCACUUCAUAAUUCGACACGUAACCAAACAUGCGGUGUGGAAAGACUCGCAUUUGGCAAUCAAGGCAUGUAUGAAUGAUAGCAUGGCUGGGUGGUGUGUGGGUGUGUGUUUGCAGGAAGAUUAAAAAAGAAAGGAAGCAGGAAACAAAAGAUGGAAGCAAACAGAGGGGCAAGGCUAUAAAAUAAGAGAAGGGUCACAAAGCUGUGGCUCACACAUGUAAACCGACCCGGAGUGUUGAAACCUGAUCUCCGUCUCUGCUUUUUCCUCUCCUCAUAAUAAGAUUGUUUGUCCAGCACCGGCGCCAGAAAAACGUCAAAAUAAAAACAUUAAACCAGUUUGCUCUUGACAUGCAUUUUAGGGCGUUUAUAGGUCACACUGCGAUCACAGUCCCAAUUCUCACACCCUGCACAAACACGCGGCAUGCACAGAGAUAAAAUAGAAACUAAUUACAGGCUUGGGAAUACAUAAGAUGUGUUGUUGUUUCAUGUGAGUCGGGUUGCUUAAUUUCCAAAGGGAAUGACGGCUGGUGUUGUGUUUGAAUGUGGGGUUUGGACUUGGUUGUUUACAUUCUUUCUGUGACCUUUUGCACAGAGCAUGUCUGCUCUUAAGGAUGAACCGACUGGUUGUACUGUAAGAGAGUUUAGAUGGGUUGAGAGCAAUUCUGCAGCUGUAAGAAACCUCACGUAAAACCCCAAAUAAUCACAACGAAAAACUUGAUCCUGAAUGUGUUUGUUGGAUUACAUAGUAGAGGUGCUACAGGUGCAUCAAAGCAAGGUCUAACAGACUCAAAAAACAGCUUCUUCACCAUCUUAAACUCCCCUAAACCAGGUCCAGCCCUGCCCUAGAUGAGGUAACAAGUGCAAUAUUACCAACGUUACUGCUGCUGUGUUGAUUAUUAUAUCCUUAACCUGUGCCAUACAUGUCCAUAUACAUUUAAAAAAAUGUACAUAUAUACAUAUAUUCAGACACACACAUAUAUAUAUUUAUUUUUGAUAAUUCUCUUUAGUAUUUAUCUUUCUAUUUUAUUCUUAUACGUAUGUUUUAUUUUACUGUUCUGUAGAGUUCUUGUCUUGUAUAUAUAGUACCUUCUUUCUUACAAAUAUUUGUACUUUUACUACCUUAUUUUUACUUGUCUAUUGCACUGGAAAAGGAGAAGCUCUCCAAUCUCAUACCUUUAGUAUGAAGACAAUAAAGGACAUUCUGAUUCGGGCCCGACCGAUAUGGAUUUUUUGGGGCCAAUGCCGAUACCGAUUAUUGGGGGGGGGGAUUCAAUUACCGAAUCGCCAAUCGGUGCCUCCACGUCUUAACUCACGUUACACAUUUCUGGUCAAGUUACCUCAGUAAGAGAAGUAGCUCGAUCACGUAAUGUGUACUGUUGUUUAUUCUACCGUUACUGGCACGGCUAGCAUUGACCAGUGCAGCAAGGCUAAUAGCAGGUGGCUAACUCUAACUUUAGCUUGCAUAUUAUAUGGUGCGUCACCGUUAACUCGGCGUGACCGAGACCAGCACAGCGGGGAACAUCGUGAAGUGGGUUGAGAUCCGUCACUCUGCUGUGCUGUGAGGUAGUUAGCGGAUGAAGAUUGUCAUGAGAGUUUUAGCCGAUUACCAAUUAGUCUCAAAUGGGCUAAAAUUGGCCGAUUUUAUGGGCUCGCCGAUCGGUCGGGUCCUAAAAAUCUUAAUAAAUGUUCUUGUGGUUUUUCACUCAAGUGUCAUUUUGAGCUGAGGUGAGGGUGCCUCUUAGAUAAUGAAUAAGGAUGUAGCAGGAAGGUGUCAGAGUGAUAAAUCAGUUAACAGCUUGUUGGUUUCUGUUAGUCUUACUGCUGGUGUUUACAUAUGGAGGUGUGAUCUUUCUGCAAUUCCACAUCUUCCAGUUUCACUACAUAAGAAGUGAGUCUUUUACUGGCAUUAGUAUCUUCAGAAAAAAAUGAACAAGCCCCCUUAUGUGAAAAAAAUCUAUCAGGAUUGUUAUUAUUAUUGAAAUAUUAAAGACAAGCACAUGACAUUACAUAACGCUAAAGCGCGCAGUGUAUUUAACAUCACAGUGUAAUAAAUAAACUGCAGUUGGCACUGAGGGUAUAGCUUUGACAAUGAGCGAUAAUCUUGUUUGUGAAACUUAUCAUGAUGUAACGUUUUACCUUGGAAAGAGCUGAUAAGAAGACGGCCACACGUUUUCGACUUUAUGAUCGCAACGCAAAGGUAUUCAGGUACAAUCAGGAGUGUGACAUCAUCCCAAUAAUAACCAGUGAGGUCUCUUUACAGCUGAUAGGAAGGUCAGGGUGAAUGAUGAAGAAGCACAAAGGAGGAAGUAAGAGGCCUGCUUGAGAUGACAGAAAAUUCCCCAUGAGGUUAAUAAGUUAUUGGAAAAAUAUCUUGCUGAUGUUGUCGAGAGCAGGCUGUUGUUUAAAGGGGAAUACCCCAGUGUUGCUUUUAAUGACGUUCAGGAUGAAAGCAGUCUUAAAAAUCUCAACAACACCUUUCAUUAUUAUCAGUAGAUACUGGCUAUUUGAUAAUAAAGACUUCAAAAGUUACUGAAGACAUGCUGAGUUUAUGGUGUUUAAAAGUCUGAUAAUGAUUAUGAAGAAACUGGCUGUUGUGAUUCACAUGACCUCAAAUCAAUAUCACGAUAUAUUGAGCAGUUCACCUCGAUAACAAUAAAUGGACGACAACUACUCCACAAGCAGCUCACCCCCUCCCACAUUAACUUCAUGUACUUCAUCUACGCUUCAGCUGCUACAACUUUUAAACUGUCCUCCAUUUUCUCACCUGUCUUUCAUGAGACCAUAGCCUACCUACACACAUCCAAAACCAACUUUUAUUUAUUUAUUUAUUUGACACCGAAUAUAUAGACAUGGGCAAAAUGACGUCUGUAAAUUUUUGGUUUAUCGCCCAGCCCUACUGCACUCAGAUUUAAAGUUUUGUUAACAUAUUCUCUAAACCUAAAAUCAUCAGGUUAAUCAGCUCUUACAUGGAGAGCAAUUUCAGUCUGUAGGAGUGAAUGAUGAUACUCAAAGCGGCUGGCACCACUGAGGUUUCCCUCAUGUUUUUUGUGUUUUCUGACUUUUUAUUUAGAAAGAAACAAUAAGCAAUAAGUGACUGAGGUGUCAGAUGUAUUAGAGAGCAACUUGUAUAGACCUAAACAUAAAAGAAAGAAAAUUAAACCCCCACAUAUCCAGAAACACCUUCAGAAGAUUGCUAGACUUUUUAUAUUUGCAGGAUAAACUUUCAUUAUUUCAAAAAGGUACACGAAUCAUCAAUAAGCAUAAGCAUCCAGCGUUUUCCUCAGUUCUAUCCUUCCGCCACCUUUGGCUUGUUGUUAUUUCACAACUCAUUUCCACAGGCGGCGGGGUCGGGCGUUUUUCUUGACCACUCAUGGGUCUGUGGUUGUAAUUUAUAGCCGGACCCUCCUUCUUUUGUCUGGGUGAACACAGAGGCCUCUUCAGGUCUCAUACAUGGACAGAAAGGAGCUCACAGAGGUUAUCUCUGGCUAAUAUGAGACCCCCUGAGGGCAGGCUGGGAAGUGUCUAUGGUUAUGUGUGUCCGUCCGCCUAUUCUGGUUAUCUGACAGGACCACACCUAAACUAUUGUGAGGCCCUAUAGGGCUCUCUGUUGGACUUGACAGUGUCGUAUGUCAUCGGAGGAUGUGUGUGAGGGACCUGCUGUCUGUAUGGGAGGCUCUUGAAUAUGUCCUCUGCUCUUUUUCCCAACUUCAGACAAAAACAACUAAAUGUGAUGGAGCUGAUUAUCUUUUUUUUUAGUUUGCAUCCCUGGAUUCUACAUGUUUGAUAUCCAGUAAAACAUGUAAUCAUAUUUCAUUGUUUGCAUCCAGUUCUAGUUACGAUCAGCUGUAUUCUUCCAGGAGAUCCCUGUGUAUUUUGGCGAAUCACCAGCACCUUGAUAAUUAAUACCAUUGACGAGAAUUCGUAUCUCGUGCGUGAACAAGAUACAGAGCCAAAGAUGAGGCCGCGGUCAUUCACGUGAAAAAUGCUCAGCGAUGCAUGAAGCCAAAAGACUCGUGAGGAAAAACACCUUACUUGUUCACAUAGCAUUUACAGGAUGUCCUUCAACCAUCUUCGAGUCCAUGUAGCACUGAUGCAGUCAGCCAAGAUGCAAGUUUGCAUGAGUAGCAGCAAUAAUAAGAUACAAAUCUAAGACACACUGGCUGCACUGGUUGCAGAUUUUGAGUUAAUUUCAAGAGGUCAUGUCUGCAUCCAGAAAGACUGCUGAGUAUGGAGAAGAUGAAAUAAAAAACGCACACACACUUUCGGGUCCGUGCUUGCACUGCACCACCGGAAUGGACCGUACUGCUAACAGGUCUGUGUAGGGGGACUCUCAAGUUUCAUAGCCCCUGAUGAAAAGGUGUGGGUGAGGGGUUGUCACUGAGACUCAAGCCAGCUGCUGAUGCAGGAAUACGGCUGUGAUAUCGACUAAUAAAAGAGGUUUUAACAGCUGUCAGACAUGUCUGAAAGUAGAAACAGAAGCUGAACUUAUUUUUCUUUUCGAAUUUGACUGGCCUUCUUGACUCUUUGGCUGAGCUUUGGUAGCUUUUGGUACAUUUUCCCAAUUAAAUGCAGGUUGCUUGAAGGGUGAAAAGUGAAAGAUUUUGAAUUCCAGAUUUUAAAAUGAAAGGCUCUACACCUUUCCAUGUUGUCUGAGCUGGAUGUUUUACUAAACCAAUCAAGACAUUUGCUUUCUGGAACAUUUCAAUACAACCUCUGUCACAGGAGACAACUUUGUCGAAUCAUUUCAAGCUCAAAAUCUCAAAAGGAAUCUGUUGACAAAUCAUGAUCUAAGUAUGAUUUAAAACUUUGUCUCCCUGCGUUAAAAACAGGGAGUUUUUCUUCUCUUAUUACAAGUUUUGAGACGAAUACAUGUCUGCCUGAUUGAGCAAAAAUAACAGUAAAUAAAGUAAAAUGAGAAUUUGUCUGAGAGCAGAAAGAAAAAUGGAAAUGAUGGUGGAAUUUUUCCAUUUUUUGAGUCUGGACUAUGUGUCUUCAGGCAAUGUCUGACCGCCACACUCCUUCUCUCCCGCAGGUUACAAAGUCCAGACUUUGUUGCGCUUUUUCUCGGUGAAGUUUAAUCUCUGUGUGAUUUAUUUUACAGCCGUAACAGCCCCCCCCCCCCCCCACACACACACACACACACUCCCCCGCCCUCCAUCCUUAAAACCACCCUUCCUCCUGUAAUCCCCCCCUCUUAGGUAGGAAACCUACGCCUGCCAGCAGUAAAAAGAAGCCCAUUGUGAUCCGCUCCCCAAAAAUUCGCCACAGAGGCAGACUCUGUGCCGGGAAGCACAAUAGAGAUUAGAAAUCACUUGACUCCUGAGCAGGAUGAUCAGAGCUAUUAGGUUACUGUAUGUGUUUCAAAAGCAGGACAAUUAAAAGUUAACACUUAGUUUCUUUCUGGCGGGGGAGCUCAUACAAGAAGAGAUCAUCUGCUGUCUGAAGCCUGAGGUGUAGGUGGGACUGUAAUUAUCAGCACAUUACGAACUCGUAUGUUCUCACCUCUGAUGUUCUCAGAGACUUUUGGUAUGACAAAAUCUCAACCGACACGUUAGCAGUGCUGUGAGCCAACGGAGAGCCACUUAAAAACGCAGUUUACUUUGAACCCUCACGUUAUUUCAUUCUAUAGAUUUCUGCAGCAUAAAUCAAACUUCUUAGAGAAAAGCGCUUACAAAAGGAGGAUUACUCAAUUUGUGAGACUUAUCAGGCUGUUCUUGGAGAAAAGGUUGGCUGUGUUUCACUGAACAUCUGCUCAAUAAGUAGCUAAAUGUUACCCCUGGAACAGAUGAAUUGAAUGUCAACAGGUGUUGCGGCUUUAAUGCCAACAGUUGCUCGAGUUAUAACGAUACAGCCGGGUGAUUUUAAAGAGUUUGGUAACUCUCAGGUGUAGAAAAGCAAGUUUGAAAGCUGGGGUCUCUGCACAUGAAAACUCAGAAGUGGAGCUUUAAUUUUCCUGCUCUCAGCUCUGCUCUGAAUUACAAAGAAAAACUCGCCUGUAGACUGAAUGUAAAGAUUGAGGUUGUGACAGAGGAAGGGAACUUUUCUUAAGUUAGAUGUUUGGCACAAAGGUUACAGACUCACUGAAACUUUCCCUUUGGUUUUAUGGGUACUUUUACAUAGCCUGGCUGGGCCAUCCUGUUGCGUGAAUCACUUGCCGUUCCUUCCCACAACAGUCUGGACUUCGGCCCAUUGGGAGCGUGUAUUGGCGAUCAGUGACUGUGUUUCCGCUGUUCCCCGGACAACAGGGAAAGGCAGCCCCUGAUUGGUCCAUGUGUAGAUGGUGACGUCUAACACAUGCUGCGGGACUUAUCAAAGCGCCGUUCAUUCAGAACGCUGUUAAUUCUGCAGUUGACUUUGCAAAGUCGGCAGAAAUCGUUUCGAUCCGAGGUCUACUGCGGAUAUAAACACAUAUAAACUGGUUAUGUAUGUCCACACACAAACGCAAAACCAGAGUUUUCCAGAAGCACUGUUUUUAAUGACGUAAUCCUGCUUUUUCGUUUGCAAAAUGUAUAAAAAUAUAUUCAUUUUAGCAAAUACCCGGCUACAUGUGGACGAGGCCUUAGUUUGAUCCAACAAGGUUCACUUCAGAGAGGAUGUUUCACCCGGAUACCACAUAACAAAUACAGUCCCUAAGUCGGGCAUGAAGUGAUCCUUGACCAGUAACUGUGAUGAUGUGACAGCAGUUUGUUCAUUCGCCCCAAUCUCAGUUUGUUUAACAGUGAUAGGCGAGACAGAAAAUCAGGGUAAACCAACUAAAGUCAAAUGGCCUUCUGACUUGUAGUUUGGGAAAGAAUGUUCAUGCAUGCAGUGACACCUGUUAUCCUCUAUUCUUCCUCUACUUAAUAAGGUUUUCAUCUUUUCCACUUGAAUUCAUCCGCUCCGUCUGUCAGGAUUGGCAGCUUUUAUAAUUUCCACCAUCAAUGUGUGACCAGAAAAAUGUGGAGAAUGUCCUUUACUUUUUCAUUUGCUUAAUUUCUGCUGACACUCGGAAUCUGUGAAACCGACCGGACAGGCGGGUCACAGCGAGAGAGCGCCCGCUCUCUCCUCGAAAUUAUUAAUAACACACUUUCUCAAGAAUCCGUCUUGGCUUGGGUCUUCUGUUUGUUUCGGCGGCCGCCGCCAUGUUGGGGUCAGUGGGGGAAGUUGAAUUUUAACCAUUUGCCCUCACACAGUGUCUCUGUCUGCCUGCCUGCCUGCCGGGGAUAUUUUGCAAUUCAAAUCCAACACCGAGCAGCGAAUGUUUUCCUUGUUGUUUUUGCUGCAGUUGCUCUGCAGGGCAGCGUAUCGUGUAUCUGGACCAUCCUUUUCAUGCCCCUUAAAGCAUCCUGGCAGGUAUGAAAGGAGAGAUUAGAGGCAUGACUGUUCACUUUCAUCACGCUGUAUUAGAUAGUGGCCAGUGACCCAUUUUCUCACACCUUAUCCUUUUUACCCUCACUUUUUCUUUGUUUUCUGCUCUUUCUACUUCUUCACCAGACAUGAUGUCACUGACAACCACAUGUAACGUCAACAGAUGAAUGCGUGGAUGACUCAUUCAGCAAGUGAGCCUUUUUCCCCUCUCUGUGUGCAAACUGAGAAGAGCUUUUUUUCCUCUUUCAUCUGCUCAUCUGUUUCCUCUAGCUUUUCACUUUGGCGGGGCGGGGGGCUUAUGACGUAGACAUAUGCCGCGUCCGAGUUACCUCAGAGGUCAGAAGUACAAGCUGGGAAUGACGUCACGCCUGAGUUACCAGCGUUUCAGUUACCAAGUUGGGAGAAAGCAAAAUCGGAGACUGAAACAAGAUGGUUACGUCUAUGAAAGUUAUUUUAGCGCUUGCUUUGUCCGAAUAUAAGCAAGGACCAGGCAAGCGCUAGAUGUAGCCAUCUCAUUUCUGCCUCCGAUUUUGAUUUUUCCAACUUGGCGCUGGUAACUCAAGUGUGUCGUCAUUCCCAGCUCGGACAUCUUACUUCUGAGGUAACUCCAACGCAGCAUUACGUCAUCCAUCAUACGGGGUGGCGGGAGAAGAGCCAGCGCAGUUUUCGGGGUUGGGAGAGAUGCUUAAUUUUGCGUUCCAGUUACCUUGGAAGUCAGAUGCCGGAGCUGGAAAGGACGUUACUCUCGAGUUGACAGCGUUCCGGUAAACGAUGAUAUAGUUUCUGAUCCAUGAGACUGUUUUUCUAGUUUUUCAACGGUCACAUUUGGUAAACAAACGUACCAAUCAGUGAGAUAGAGGAGCAACAGAGGAGAAGUCAUUCGAGCACAAUGUGUGACUUUAAAGCAAACAGAGCAAGGGUCUGUGGGCGACUAUAAAGGGGGGACAACACUUGUCAGGGUGGCAGAAUAGAUAUGACGUGCUUCAACAACUCUUCUCUAAAGAUAUUAUUAAUUAAUUAUUAAUAUUUGCUGCCCUUCCCAGAAUUGUCAUAAUUAUUUUUAAGCAUAGUAGGAAAAAAGAUUAAAUGUAAUAGUAAGAUUUUGAGGUUUUGGAGGGUAGGCAGAGUGUUUUUAACCUUUGGACUGAGCGAGGCAAAUUAUUCCCGAGGGUUUUCAGUCUUUGUGCGCGGCUCAGUUGAGCUAAGCAAACCUAAACUAAUCAUAUGCAAGCUAUAGGCACAUAUAGGAAUGGUAAUAAUCCAAUCAAAUGGAAAUAAUUGAAUUUCCCACAAUGUCAAACUGUUUCUUUGAUGGCCUUGCACACUCAUGCUGGACCCCCCAGAGGUGAUUUGAUUUGGAUUAGACUGUAAUCUGAUUUACUUGACAGCUUUUUUGCAUCAGUAAAUGUGAGAAAAAUAACACCUUCAGGUGAAACUUCACCCUCUGAAAUAGACUCCUCUGAUGGCAGACAAAGGAAGAUAAAAACUGAAGUUAUCAAAAGUUAUCGACCUAGCAAGCACCCAUUUAAGCGAGAGAGAUUCGGUAGUAACACGGCCCUGUUAUCGACAUACCUGCAGCCGUUGAAUGAGUGAUUAAUUCCACCUCUGCUUCUUGCCUGAUGGGUCAUAAUGUCUGCUGUGAAAGGGGGUCUGUGAACUGCAUGAUGUGGCAAAACACCGUUAAGACAUGAAGUAUCAGGGAAACGUUUCCAGCUCAAACUGAAGGAGUUGGCAGUUGAGGAACUUGGAAAUCAAACAACGAUUAUCAAACAAGUUACAUAACUAACCAACAACUCGCACUAAUCACGAGCAAGCGUGUGUAUAAUUAUUCUCCCUGCAGAUGUAUAAUCAGUGAUCUAUAAUCUAUAAUCAAAACAGCGUUUCGAAAGACUGUUGUUCUUUUUGUUCACCUUCAUGAGAAACUCAUAGCUGUAGUCACAGUAGUUGGGGUAUCUGAUGCACUUCCAUGCUUCUGGUGUUGUUGAGGUCGUUGUCCUUUUCUCAUGAAGACAUUUGAAACCUGAUUUUAGCCGCCUGGAUAUUCUGACUGAGACAGAUCAGAAAAAUUUACACUAUUACAAUUACAAAACCACAUUUCACGCAACUUUCUUGACGUCCAGACUUUCAAAGACUCCAUCUGGAUUCAGUCUGAGCACAGGAAUCCUGAAUUGUGCUGGCAGUGUAACCAAAGGGUAUUGAAUUAAGUAGAAGAAGCACAGGUGUUACUAAUAACCACUAAUGACUCCACUGUUAGACCUCAUAUAGUUCCAGUAUCCGACCUCGUAAGUGAAAGUAACUCGAAACACCUGUAUGGCCCAUACUGGAGUAAAAAUGGUGGUGUAAAGUGGCCCUGGAUGGCUAGUUUUUACCCAGUGUGAUUGAAUUGUCCAUUCAUUGGCUGUAAUUGCUUCUUAUUAGAUGGGUCCAGGGAGGAAACGAGCCAGAAGAGGAAUGCUGAAAGUGUUGUCAUGUAGCUCAGCAGGUCGCUCAGUUCUGUAACCUGACUUUGGCCGCUCCAGGAGGUCGAGCGAUUACAGACGAGGGGACACACCCAGUCCUAAUUACGCAGUCUUAGUGUUUAAACUGAAUAGGAUACUGUGUUGAUGUAGAGAUUUAGGAUUUUCCUGCAGCUGCAGACGGUUCGGGAUUAGGAAGUUUUGUGUGUUCCCCCGUGAAAGAUGUUGGUUACAGUCUUGACGAGCUUAGAUGUAGCUUCAAAAGAUGCACGAAGAAGACCAGAACCGAGAGAUAGGGAUACAGCUCAGAACUUAUUGGCAAUUCAUGCAUUUAUCUAUUCAAACAUUUCUGCAAAUCCUACUCGAGGCGGUAUUGAUCCUGCAACCCCACAUAAAACAGGAUUAAUUAUCUAAUGUUAUUAUGUAAUGAGUAUUAAAACUUUGUCCUUGUGGCAAAAUAAAGCUUUGCGAAUGUAGUAAUCAGGACGCCUGACUGAAUUUGACUUUCAGUAAUGUUUUUUUCUUCACUUUACAUCGCACGUGUACAUUCGACCACACAAUGACCCAAAUGGUAACAUCCAGUCUUGAGUACAGUGGAGCCAAUGUGGAGAUGUUAAAAGAUGCUGGGGUCCACUUCUUGAGUAGGGCUGGGCGAUAAACUGAAAAUUUACCAAUACGGGAAUUUACGAUGGUGUCCUGUUUCGGUAUAGUGUAAUAGUAUGUCAGAAGGGACAAUAUUGAUAAAAAUGUUAUAUUUACUAUUAAGCUUAAAAGAUGUUGUUCUUUUAAAUGAUGAAAAAGAACUUCAGUUUGUUUGCUGCUUUUUGUUUUCGUUUUUGGAUUUUGUUGGUCAGGAUAUCAUGGACUGGGUCUCUUUGAGAAAUGCUUUUUUACAGUUUACAAAUUAGUUAUUGAAACCUAGCUCUUACUGUAUCAGUUAGGGCUGGGCGAUAAACCAAAAAUUUGCUGAUACUGAAAUUUACGACAAUAACCGACGUCAUUUUGCCCAUAUCAGUAUAUUCAGUGUCAGAAAAAUAAAUAAAUAAAUAAAAGUUGGUUUUGGAUGUGUGUAGGUAGGUUAUGGUCUCAUGUCCCUUUAAGAUGCUGUCCCACGCCGGAAGCGUGACUCCACCCCAUCUAUUCUGUAACAAAGAGGGAAAGACAGGUGAGGAGAUGGAGGACGGUUUAAGCAGCUUGUGGAGUCAUCCAUUUAUCGUUAUCGAGGUGAACUGCUCAAUAUAUCGUGAUAUUGAUUUGAGGUUUUAUCGCCAAGCCCUAUUCCUGAGUAAGUCAUAUACAGUUUUAUCCACAUUAGCGCUUGUUUAACUUGCACGAUUUGAUGCAUAAGCUCUGUCUUAUAUAAUAGUUUUGACUGGCAGACCCUCAACUGCAGAGAUGGUUUACUGAAUGUGAGAACAGCCGGCCUUCAUAUAGUGUUUGAACAAGCCUCGUCCGUUCUUAGCAUUCGGCUUCUUACAUAAGAGGUAAUUAAACCAUCUGUCGCCUGAGAAGUGAAAGUCAGAAUGUGAAAAUGUUAUCCUUUGAAUUUGAUUUGCAUAUUUAGUUUGAAUAAACAAACUGGAUGGCUGUGUGUGUGUGUGUGUGUGUGUGUGUGUGUGUGUGUGUGUGUGUGUGUGUGUGUGUGUGUGUGUGUGUGUGUGUGCUGUAUAAAACAAACCUGUUUGUUUUACCUGCCCUAACUGCUUAUCAGACACAUUCCUCUCUCCGUGUGCUCCGUCUAAAUAGCCAAACCAGACAAACAUACAGCGAUAAGGCGGCAAGGGUCAGAGUGCUAUAAAGAGUCAGGUGAUUCAUAUUUCCACCAUGUGCGUCCCGCACUGUGCCGAUGGAAAGUGUUUUUAUUGAACCCUUUUAUAGGCUCGGUUGCUUCUCUUUAGAUAAGUCCUUGAAUUUAACACUGUCUCCUCUUUUCUUCCUUGAGGGUCAGAAGUCAACUGUAUGGAGUUUGGUUUGGGCCUUGUCAUUUUUUUUCAAUUUUGGUCUCUAGCGCUGCUGCCGCAGUGAUGCAAAGCAGUUAGGAGUGUCCGGAUACAACUUUUUUACCCCUGAUACGAUACCAAUAUUGAUUAGCACAAACUUGUGGGCUCAUCAUCGUCUCAGCUUCUUUAAGUGUAGUCAUGUCGACUUCAGUCUCAUGGGGUUCCUUAUAUGACGAGUAUAAAAUUCAAAAUGUGCAUACUUUUGUGUUUUCUUUGUUCUUUGGAUAAAACAAUACAGAAUUACAAGAAAAGUGCGAGCUUCUAUAGAGCCUUAAUCAUGAGAUAUGAAUCACUGGACGAUUUUUAGUUGUAAUACAAGAACAAUACGUGUACUGUAGGACCGGUGUCUCCCUGGGGAGUCUGGCUCACUGCGCUAAAUCUCAUGUGCUCCAGGGUGAAGUCAUGCAGUGUCACGACUGAUGCAGUACCAGCUCGGGGGGCCACCAUGGGUGAAUUCCUGCGUCUGUUCUGUGUCUGUGGUCAGCUGGUGGGACUACAGCUCAUUAUAUAACAAGGCAGAGAUGGUUCCUGCAGCCUGGCAGGGCGAUCAGGCGAGGGGGGCAGCUGCAGGCAUGAGAUGACACAGGCUGACCUACAUGGUAAACUGCCCUGGUGCCCUCUGGUACAAGAUCUUUUUGAAGUUUCUGAAUCAUAUCUGGUUUAUGAGAUGAUACUUCAGUUAUCUAAUAAAACUUUAGGGCGGUUCGGUGUACUUUGCUGGUUGACCGAUUUUAUUAUGACAUUUGUGUGCUCGGCAAAUCCUCCACACAACUUGUGCCAGAUAUCUUGGUUACAUGAUGCAUAAUUCUUUUGUUGGUACAGCCUGUUUGUAGAAUCACUGUGUUUUAUAAUACCUGAAGACAAAUUUCGCUGUUCGAACUAUUCUACUUAUACAUCCAAAACAUGAUCAAAUCAAUCGAAAUGAGGUUGUUAUGUUUUUGUUAUGAAAAAUACACUUCAGUUUCAUGUCGAUUUUUGCAGCCAAUGUGGAAGAAAAGGUUGAAAAGGCUGAAAAUCAAUGAGUAAAGAUGCAAAAGAUGUGCACAGGAAGAGCGGGGAUAUUGGCAGGUGUUGCACAAGUGUUGCCCUGAAGCCCACUUAUCUCCUUAUCUGUUUGUUUGAGACCGUGCAUCUUUAAGGAUCUUUGAGAUACGAGGUCUGAGGUUGAGGAGACUCUGGGGACUCCAGAACAAUUGGUGUUUUUUUCGAGAAGGGUAAGAAUUUUCCCGUUCUGAUGGUGUUAUGAGACUUUCCCCACCUUUGAACAGGAAGUGGGUCAUUUGUUAUUGUGUUUUUCCCCUCUCUUGUUUGUCCGUAGCUUCCUGGAGGGCUGUCUCUUCUUUCUCACUUUCUGGGUUUCUUUUCCCCCCUCCUCUCUCUUUUCAUACAUUCCUCACCAGACUGGUCCUCUUUUGUCCCUGUGGCUCCCUUCUUGCUCGUGGUGUCACACAUUUGCUCAGAAUAAAGUAAUCUCCUGCUUGUGGAGUUGGGAUGUAACUGUGAAAAUUCUUCCUCAUGGUUAUUGCAACCAAAAUAAUCAUGGUUUUCGGUAUUAUCGUGGUAUUUUUAAAAAUGUAUUCAAAGGCAUUUUGCCUUGUUUUCACAUUUCAUCAUACCGAGACAGGAUUACUGUCUUCAACUAAGUUUUCCCUCGACAUUCCUAUGAAACCCAAAAUAUGCCCAUAAUACCGACUUGGUCCUCUUAGAGGGCUGGUGGAUGUCUUCGGCGCCAUCAUCAGCUCCUUCCACCAUGAUUCCAUUUCAAACUUAAUAGAAGGUUUAAUGCUGCGUCCCAGUUACCUCGGAAGUCAGAAGACAGAGUUACCAGCGUUUCAGUUACCGAGUCGGAAAAAGGAAUAUUGGAGACGGAAUAAAGAUGGCUACAUCUACGAAAUUUAUUUUGGCGCUUGUCUUGUCCGAAUAUAAGCAAGGACAAGGCAAGCGCCAAAAUAACUUUAUUUUACGACUUGGUAACUGAAACGCUGGUGACUUGGGUGUGACGUCAUUCCCAGCUGACUUCCGAGGUAACUCGAACGCAGCAUUAAUACUGUAGGCUACACAGUGCGCCUGCACAGCUACUUCAGGAGACUCAGAUGAAGCUGGGAUGAUUAACACAGGGUUUCCUCUACAUGCAGUUGAUCGUGGCACAGUGUCACAGCUAAAUUAAAGCAGCCACAACUUAAAAAAUAGUUUUUUUCUUAUGUGGCUCGACCUCAGACUCAUAUGUAUCAGUAUACAUACAUGCGGCGCACCGCAGAGCACGCUAUGCCGAGUAUUAUGAAAAAAAUAGAAAUCUUACGAUCGGCUUCGGAGUCCGACGAUCCGCAGCGGAACGGAAAGAAGCCGGUGGAAAUUGACACAUUAUCUUUAAUGGAAACGAUCAGCUGCGAUUGACAGAUACGGCCUUUUCGUAGCCGUUCCGGAUGCGGUGGAAAUUGGGGGUUAGCAUUAGCAAGUUAUUGACGGUAAUCACAGAGCUGAUUAACUAGCGAGUUAUCGUCGGUGAUCUCACAGCUGAUUCAUUACACCAACACACACACACACACACACACACCGUUUUUUUUGGUAAUGGUUAUCAUCAACAUGUUUAUCACGAUUUACCCUUACACCAGUUACCGUUACAUCCCUGAGGUGUUGUAAGAUGCUAUUUAGCCACUGAAACAUGUGAUCCUCGAGCCUCUGACCUUCACCUACAUCAGAAGUUUGGGAUGAGUUUGUUGGCUCCUGCUCAGUUGGACGUCAUUUUUUGCUAACGGAGCACAUGGUUUGCUUCAUGACCUUUUAUUUCAGGUAUAAAAAAGUGUGUGAGAUGACAGUGUGAGGUUCUUUAUUGCCCCAUAAUGCUUUUAUCAUCACUUCAGAUCUAAAUUUGAAACAGAUCAGUGCGGUCUCAGACUUGCAUACGCUGCAAGAAUUAUAAUUCUGCACGGUCCAUUUUUAGACCAAACAAAUCGACACGAACAAACCUCCAUCACCUGCAGCCUUGUACUAUUCUAGUGCAGAGACAUUCCUACAGUAUCCAGUGUAACUCACCGUGACUCGAUCAUAUUGCAGCCCCUCAGGGGGGUCCUUAAUGCAAAAGUAAUUGUCUUCUUCUCAGUAGCCACUUGGAAGUAAUAAGAAGUUUAUCAUUCGCAGAGGCCAGUGUCCCUUUUUUUAAGCUCGAUGCCUCUGGGUGUGAUGUACUUCCUGGUUAAUCGUUAAACACGGAGGAUAGACAGUGGUGUAGACUCUUUGUGUAGACUAUGAGGCAUUUUGUGCAUGUAGGUGAGCGGUUAUGUAACAUGAAACCGUUCAGCUAAGUGCCCCAGAUGGAUAGCACAGCAGCAGAAACAGAGUAAUAGUUUAAAUUGAGCAUGAACACAUCCUUUAAAAAUAUCACUUCAAGAUCAGCGUUAAUGUAGGUGAGCUGAAUGCUAAUAACAUCCAGGAAGUCCUGAGGACAGGAAUGUAGAGCUUAUUAGAGUGUGACAGCUUGUCUUGGUCAGCUAUAGGUGUUAGACCCUGAUGUGAGCACUGCCCAGCAACACAAAGACACAGUUUCGGUCUCACAGACAGGCUGAGCUUAACGCACGCGCAUGCAAGAGGAACCGUGGGCGCUGUUGUUGACGCUGACUGUGUGGCAACACGGCUUUCCUUUUCCCAUUACUGGAUGCUUUACUCUGUCAGUGCUCAACAACCGGCCACUUCCACCUUUUCAGAUACAGCUUCCUGUCUGUUUCUGUUUGAUCGAGGACAAUAGGAGUGAUGUCUUUAAGGUCCUGUGGGACUCCAGACGUUCAGAGUACAUUUCUCAUGUGAAGCUGCUAAGUUAAGUUGUUGUGUCCCUUAAGUUUGGAGUUUUUAACGCUCUCUCAAAGUCAAGAAAAAAGUGGUUUACAUUUCCAUGAAAGCCUUUGUGGACCAAGAGGUUACUGGAACGAUUUUAAUCCCAUACUGCAAGGAGCUUAAAUCAUCCGUAUGUGAACAUGAGUGAUGCCUUGUGAGUGACAUCCACAUUGUGUGCAUUACUAAGUAUUCUGUUUUCCUCUUUAAUCUACUGGGUUAAAGCAGCCAAUCUGUUCCACUUUAAAAAGGGAAACAAGCAAAACCACCAGUCCUGGGCAUUAAAGUGACCUCACAUACUCAAAGAGACCCAAAACGUCUCCUGACAAUAAACCUCAUACUGUUUACUCACACUAAAAAGGUCUAUUAUGAGGCAGAGCUUAUGCUUAUAGAUUAUCAUUUCUAUUCCUGCAACCAGGUUGGCUGAUUCUGCCUGUUUCUGUUGGCUAAUGUGAACUUCUUAAUACUGCCAAGAGCUUUGCACAUGGUGCAAUAACGUGUAGAAGCAGGGAUAUUUAGGGGUAACAAGUAGUCUUCGCCUAGGAUGAAAUUAGGGCUGGGCGAUAAACCGAAAAUUUACCGAUACCGAAAUUUACGUCGACAACCAACAACAUUGAUCCUAUAUCAAUAUAUAUUCGGUGUCAGAAAAAUAAAUAAAUAAAAGUUGGUUUUGGAUGUGUGUAGGUAGGCUAUGGUCUCAUAUCCUUUUAAGACUCUGUCCUACGUCAGAGACGUGACUCCACCCCAUCCAGUCCGUAACAAAGAGGGAAAGACAGGUGAGGAGAUGGAGGACGGUUCGAAAGUUGUAGUGACUGGAGCGGCGGCUGAAGUAGAUGAAGUUAAUGUGGGAGGGGGUGAGCAGCUUGUGGAGUAGUUAUCGUCCAUUUAUCGUUAUCAAGGUGAACUGCUCAAUAUAUCAUGAUAUUGAUUUGAGGCCAUAUCGCCCAGCCCGACAAUAAUGUGUAGAAAUGGGGAUAUUUAGAGGUAAAAAGUGGUCUUCGCCUUAAGUUGGAAUGCUCCCUUGCUCACCCCAAGCCAAGCAGUGGCUGCAUUUUAAGUAUGAUUCUGUUUUUAUGUUCAAAAACACCUAUUAUACACAAAUUUAAACAUACUUAAAAAUAUUUAUUUCACUUCUACCAAGUCUGUUCUGUGAAAUGCUGAUUAAUAAAGACAGGAAUUUAUUAUAUUGUACCACAAGUUAAAAAAAGGUCACAUUAUACAUCAGAAAGUUUGACGCAAGUGGAAACAUUGAUUAAACCAUCAAAUAUAUUUAACCAGGAUUACAAUGCCAAAAUAAAGCUUUUUCAGAGUGAGAUCAUCUUGUCGUGUUGCAGUUUUACAAGCAAAUUACACUGGUAGGUGACAAAGUGUUUUACUGUUUUACAAAGAAAGAUUUAAUGAGUUAAAUCGACAAUGAAAAGGGGAAAAAAACAGGAAAAGAAAUAAGUAAUAGGAGUUAAACUUUCAGUGGAAAGCUCUGAGUUCACUCAGGUGCUAUUUAUCUUUUUACUUUACCGCUCGCUGCCUUUUAUGACUCGUCCAAAAUGUUAUUGACUUUGAACUAUGAGCCAAAUUUUAUUACUGUUUGUCAUGCAGCACCACUCGUCAGCAGGUGUUAAUAUCACCGCUCUUCCUGGUUCAGAGCUCGCCUUGACUCCAAGAUAGAUUUUUAUAAACUGUCUAACUUAGUUUAAAAUUUAACAUGGCUUUAACACAGUCAAGAACACGUGUCUACGCUGUGUUUGAUAGCUUUAAAUGCAUUUUCCAUGUUUCUUCGAGGACACAAUCAAGUCCAUUAAGCUCCUCAGUCAGAGGUCUGCAGGUCUGUCCAUGUGUAACCAUCUUCCUCAACAGACUUAGCCGAGCCAGAAGGUCUAACAAGCUUAUUGGUUUUGGCACGUUCGUUUAUUGGCUGGCCGCUGGUUUCACACGGCCUCUGCUGUACAGCUUUAUUCCUCGUGUUUGACUCUUUCUUUCUCGGUCUUACAUUUGAGCUUUCUCUUUUUCUUAUAUCACCAUCAAUCUUCUCAUCACCCUUUUCUCUUAUUCUCUAUUUCUCCAUCGAAAUUCUGACUAUGGUUUUGUGGCGUCUGGUGGUCCUGUCUCGUGGCUCCAUAGUGAAGGUCACGCUGGAACACAUAAUCACCACGCAAGUUAAAAAAAAAAACAGAAUCUGAAGGAAUUUAGCACCCCCCUCCCAUCCUUCAUUUUUGCCUCUCUCCAUCAGCCGUCGCCCUCUUGCUCUCAUUCAUCGGUUUUGUAAAUCCAAUCUUAUGAAUUCCGACAUGUGUGCCACCCUGACUCCCUCGCCGGACCACGCUGGAUGUUUUUUUCACACGUGGUGUUUAAAUUCUUACAAGUCUUAAGGAAAAACUUAAGACGCGUAAGAAUAGUGCUUAGCUCAGUUGCGAGGCAGAAAGUUGUCAUGAGCUGAUCCUUGAUCCCCCCCCGUCUUUCCUGCGUGUUGACCCCUGUCAUGGAGGUCUCUUGCAAACAUGUCUGGAAAGUGGAUUUAAGUACAUUCUAUCUGUUCUACUAGGCACCGAUAAAUACUGAACACUACAUCUUUAAUUCAGUUUUGACCACUGAUGUUGAAGGGAUAUUCCAGUGUAAAUUUAAGUUAUGGUCAAACACACCGUAACCCUGAGACCCGGACAUGAGACCAGAUCUGUGUCUUGGUCUCUGCUUGAGUUCCUGUGUGCUGAGUUUUCUGUCUUACUGACCCAACAAAGAAUGAAAAGCCAUGAUGUCAUCCAACAGGUGGAGUCCAGUCAGGAGAUGAGGAUGAGAGAAGGGGCUAGUUAGUAUGUUGGACUAGAAGGUUGAGGCUGGAAGGUCACCCAUACACCCACCCACUCCACCACCACCGCUACUACCCCCUCCUGCUUUGGCUUGUCUCCAUGUGCAGGGCUCAGGGCCUUGGGAAUGAAUGGCGCCCCGGCUCUGCUCCGUCUUUGAAGCCAGCCAGGAAUGCGAGGCCUCCUUUUUUCUGUAGCCUUCUCUCUCUCUCUCUCUCUCUCUCUCUCUCUCUCUCUCUCUCUCUCUCUCUCCCUGUUGUUCGGGCGGCCGGCAGCACUAGCAGCUAUCUGCAGCAGUGAAAUAUUCCCUCCGCUGCGCUCAUUGUGCAUCUCAGAGCCGGACGUCAUCGGCUGGCCAAUCAGUGGCUCCCACUGGGCAGCCUCGGCUCUCAGUGGGGGGAGAAAGGACUUGGUGGAAGUCUUCCCUCUAAUAUGUAGCUCUCCUGGUUACUCGGUCUGGUCCCUCUAUAGAGGAAGAAAGAUGUUCUGAAAAGAAACAAGGACAGAGAGCUCUCUACAAGUCUUGUUUCAGUCUAAAGCUAAAGGGACUUUUUCUUUUUCAGAUGGAAUUCAGGAACGUGGGGAACUUAUCCUCAAAGUUUGGGUGAGUUUUUCCACUUUUGUCUUCUCUCUUAAGUCUACAAACUUCCAUUUGAGUAUUUUCUCCAAAUCACCAGCCUCUCAGCGUUUCCUACUCUUCCUUGUGACUGUUGCUCCAGACUCCUAACUCGUGUUCAGCUUUCCUGCCCCGCUGUCAUUGUUCACUUCUCUUGUCUCUUGUUGUUGUAGUUUGCGUGUGAGGGUAUUUGUCUGGGCUGGUCACCCUCUGCUUCACCCUCCCCUCCCCUCCUUCUCCCCUCUCUGUACAUUUUGUCACUGCCUGUCCCCUCCAUCACUUCCACUUGAGUGCUCCCCUGUUUGGGAGACUCUCUCUCUCUCUCUCUGUGUGUCUCGCAGAGGGAAGAGGAGGGCUGGAAGCCACACACACACACACACACACACACACUCACACACACACAAUCACAGAUCAGAAGGCCCUUCAUAAACACAUGGAAUCCCCCUUAAUACUGUAGUUUGAAAGGCUUUUGGGAGGUGUGUUUUGUGUGUAUGCAAAACGACCACCUAGGAUCAGCUUUGAUUCAGCUUUUUUCGCCUGGGCCAAAAAAACUGAGGAAGAUUUUACUUGUUUUUAUUGAUUAUUCAGGAGUUUUUGGUCAUCAGUCCGAGUUGAUAAGCUGGAGUUUAUGCUUGCCGGUUAAAAUAACUUACGGAGGAAAAACAGCUGAUUCAUACAGGAUGCAACUCCCUCCCAUCAAAAAUGAGGCCAAAGUUGUCAACUUCUUUAUUAGAGUUGAUUAACAGGUAUGGUUUGUCAUUAUUACUCGGGUAUUAUUAACCUGUGUGUGCAUGACAGGUAUGCCAUGGAAAGGUAUGCAGGUCACAAGACAGCCUACUUUUACUCUUUCAUUAUAGUCCACUGUAAAACUGAAACCUAUCAUUAACCUGCAGGGGCUAGUUUCUGUGACAACAAGGACUUUUUUUUCUUUUUUUGGAUAGCUGAUGAUGACAGCAGGUUUAGGGAAACCAAGCAAAGACUGAGGCCAAAAAGGAAGCAAAUGAACCUCUAUUCAUCUCCGGUUUUCAUGGUUUGAACUGUCUUUGCCAUGUCUCCGUGGGAUCUUUAAAACAGGACUGUUUAACAUCCCCUCAUGAUUUUCUUUAAUAUCCCCUAAAUAACACAGGUAAGGUAGAUAAGUCCUACAGGGGUCAUGUUGCCUAUAAGGCUUUCUACAUGGUUCACAUGACUAAUCCUCACAGAUUUCUGCAGUUUCAUAUGGAAUUCCUGACAUUUCUUAUGCAUGCGCUGCAACGUGCACUGCGAACCUCGAGCUUUAAUUGAGAGACCUCACUGAUGCAGACAGACUCCCUCAACAGGUGGCAAGCUGUACCAACCUACACAAAUCAAGCUUCAGUUCGCAGAGUCACCAUAUUUGUUUCCCCUUAUUUGGAUAUGAACACUCAUCUUGAUUCAACUCAGGAUUUCUCUGUUAAACGGUUAACAAGUGUAAAAGCUUCAUGAAUCAUUUUAGAGUCAAAACUAGGACAGCUGGAUUAUUCACCCUUCAGUGCAGAAGAGCACCAGACCCCUUUUUCAGAGGGUCUGGUGAACAUUUUUGAGUCAAGUGCAGCAUAAUUUGUCUUUACAACUUAUAGCAGAUGGUGCAACAAUUCACUCGAGGAAUUUGACCUAAAAAUGCCAGGCAAAGUUUUUCAACACUUACUUUGAGUUGAAAAUAGCAGGCUUUUCUGCCAGAGACAUUUUCCCUUAAAACAGCGCAUUGGAGAUUUCCCUUUAUCAGGGUUUCUACUGGGUCUUAAAAAGUCUUGAAAUAUCUAAAAUCCAACUAUUUGAAUUCAAGGCCUAAAAUGUCUAAAAUUCUCUUAAAACCUCAUAAAAUGUCUUAAAUACAAAUGUGAAAGAUCUUAAAAAUGUAUUGAUGUUACUUACAAAUAAGAUUGAUUUGAACUUAGUUUAAAAUGUUCAUGUCUUUUGUGCUUUUUGCCGGUAUGGAUGUAAAAUGGAUCUUAAAUUGUAAUUAUUAUGGUCUUAAAAAAAGUCCUAAACUUGACUUGUUGAAACCUACAGAAACCCUACAGCUAGAAAGUGAACAUAUUUUACUUCAUUUGCGGGAAUGAGCUGUGUGUGCCAUCAGCCUGGUGGACAUGCCAAGUUGACAAUUGAAUACAAACAUGUGUGUUUAUACUGUCAUGCUGUGACAGGCAGUGAGUAUCUGUCAGGAAAUGUACACACUUUUUGUCUAGCUAUUCACUCUUGUGCAGCCGCCCGUUUGGCACAGAAGUAUGACUGAAACACAAGAUUUCAGUCUUGAUAACAAGUCUGUGGUGUGUUUAUGCUUUCUCCCCCAGGAGCGACUGAGCAGAACACUUCAAGAGGCUUCGAAUAAACACACCAAAAAAAGCAGGAAAAUGACCUAAUUAGCAACAAGCGUGACUGGCAACCCGGUGCAAGAGUGCUGGUGGUAAUUUCCCGGUUUUCAUCCGCAAGAGAGACACAUGCAUCAGCGCACAUCCACGUCCCAGGCAAGUCCAAACUCUGCCCUUCCCUUCCUGCCAUCCGUCCCAGUCCUCCAUGGAUUCCUACAGCUUCCAUUUUGAGAGAAUGAGCAACGUGGACCUGCAUCCUCUGAGCCUGCCAGUCAGCCGGCUCUCCCCAGCCAAGUCCAACAGCAGCAUUGCGGAUCAACUCGCCCAUCACCAGCACGGCAAAGGAGACUCCGCCUACAGCUCCUUCUCUGGUGGAUCCAAUGCCCCGGACUACCCUUCCCCCUUUCUCCCAGAAGAUCUACAGUCCAGCCACUUCAGCCACUAUGCUGAUCUUAAGUAUGUGAAGUCCAUUUACAAUCCAACCCAGGUUCUGCAGUCCGACUCGAAAACCAUGGACCAGCUUUAUCGCUCAGUUGAAGCGAUCUCACAGCAGUAUCGCAACAAUACCAACAACAACGACAACCACCACAACCAGAAUAAUGGUUUUCAUAUCAACAACAAAGCAUUGUCCAAGAAAGAUGGGCCUCUGGCUCGUCCCCCUCCAGUCCCGGCACGCCUGGAUAGCUUUAUAGCUACAAAAAACUUGGAGAACAGCAGAAGCCCCCAACAAGAUACCGAGUGUCGACCCCAGCAGCCACAGGCGAAACAACAGCCCAGAACCAGCAAUCGUAUUCACCUACAUCCCCAUGGUCUGACGACGCAAAGACUUGAGUCGGCUAACCCAGAUACAGGGAACUCAAGCUUGAAUUCCGACCCGGUUUUCUCAGUUUGGAAGGGCUCUCAACAGCAGCAGCAAACACAAACCCAGCAGCAGCUGCCGGUUUACCGCCCCCAUCUACAGUUUAACCCAGAAUACCUUUCUAUCACCGACAACAAGUCCGCCUCUGAACAGCAAAAAUCAACAAACAUCUUAAGCCGAUCGCCCCCUCGAACCACGAGUCCACCCGACCACCUGAAUCCCACACAGCCUUCAAGCAACGCUGGAUGUAACGGAAACCAUCAAGAGAAGUCCAGUAGUAGCAGCAUCCACUUUCAAAGUCAGCGCAAAAGGGCGCACUCGGCUGACGAUUGGAUUAGUUCAGAGUCGACCCGAGCAGCCAGCCCCUGGAACGCCAGCCAGAGUUUUAUCAACAGCAGCAUCCAGCAUAAGGGUCAGUUCUACUUCGUCACAGGAGUGUGUAAGCCGCCUGAAUCUGGUAUGAGGACUCACUCCGCAUCCGUGUGUGGGUCUGAGAGUGGGAGCGAGAGCUCUGCUGUGUUUCGCCUUAGAGAAAAAGAAAGAUGCCACAGCACAAUGGACAGUUUGUUUAGACCUCUCCAGGCAAGCUCUCGUUCCUCCAGUAGUAUAUUCUCAGAGGACAAAGAGGCUUUCCAGGAGAAAGAGUUUUCCUCUAGGAGCCAGGAUCAGGAGAAUCGCAGGUUAUCCCUCUCCUCAGUGCGCUCAUCUAGAAGUUUUGACACCUUGGAAGAAAUCGACAUGGUGCAAAACCGAGAUAUUGGCCGUCACACUGCCAACAACCCUAUCUUCUACUGUGGACCAGAAAGAAACUGCCUGCCCCACUCAGUGACGAAAACAAAAGAGGUUACCUCAUUGACAAGCAAUGAGCAGACCGUCCAUGCCAAGAAAGAGGACCAGGCAAAGAGGGGGAAACGGCAGCCUUUGGCAGAUGUAGCCAGCGAGAGGAUCAAUAAAGAAACGACCCCACUUCUCUACCACCUCACUGGAGCCAACAGGGCAGCAUUACAACCGAAAAGGACAUCUGAUUUCGGCUCAAAAGGCAAGGAAGUUAUCCCAGUUAACAACGAGAGACCUCUUAAGAGUGAUACAAGCACCAAUGACAAAGACGAUAUUGCCUCUGCCUGUAAUACCCUGGAUGACUCCUUUAAAAAGUACUACAAAGAGAAGCUGAAGGACGCCCAGUCAAAAGUCCUGAGGGAGACAUCGUUCAAAAGAAGGGACCUGCAACUCUCAUGGCCGCACCGCAUGAAGCAAAAACCCGAGCUGAGGCCUGCGGUGAUUCAUGUUUUCUCCUCAUCGCAGGACUCUGAGACCUCCACAGACACGAUCACUCCUUCUUUGACCUCCGAGGAGACAGAGAGAGGCAGCAUUAAAGAGGAAGUCAGCGAGAGUGUGAAGGAAGUGGACAAUGAGACUGAGAAAGAAAACGGAAAACCAGCGAAUGUGGCCCAGCCUCAGGUAGGGCGUGUCGGGGGAAGGAGGCGACUGACUCCCGAGCAGAAAAAGAUGUGCUACUCCGAACCGGAGAAGCUCAACCAGCUUGGUGGUGCCCCUGUCCACUCUGCUUGCCGUUCCUUCGGUAAUGAGAGUGAAAACGUGUUUUCAGCUGAAUGUGAGGAAGAGGAUCAAGUGCAUCAAGGAGAGCUGGGACUGGUCGCGGCUCGAAGGAAGAUCUUUGAGUCAAGAGGUCGAGCUCUUUCAGCCUCCAAUGCUUCGAAGACAAACCUGAAACAUCUCCAACACAAGGCUCUAGUGGAGUACAUGGAGCGCAAGACGGGUCAGAAAGUGGCGGAACCACAGAAACCAGCACCCCAGGUACCACCUCCGUCUAGACAGAGGCAUUCUCUAGGGGAGAAACCAUUUGACUGGGGGCCCAGACCUCUAUCAGCAAACCAAGACAGCAAUAACACCAAGAAGAAACUCCUCAGACCCCACUCUGCUGGGCGAAUCCUGGACUCCUCCACUAGCUCUAUCAGGUAAAACAGACGAGAACAGAAUCCAGAAAUCGAGCGUGAACUUGUUUGUUGUUUGGUAUUUUAGAUUAACCUUUUUUUGAUUUUUAUCGUACAGGUAUGCUCAGUUCUUCUCAGCUCAGUCAUGUUCAGGCCAAUAUGGCGGCCAGUCGAAUCAGUCCAGAUUUAGGGAGAGCCAUGCUCCGUCUCAGGUGAAGUCUGCUUCAGUGGAGAGUCUUUUGGACCAGCGAGAGGAGCCUAGUUUCACCAGGAACAGAUCCAAAUCCACACCACAUGCAUUUCAAGUAAGUCUAAUGAAAUCAGAUACCAUAAAUUACCUGCAGAAACACGCCUCAACGAUCUGACAUCUGCUGCUCAGUGACCAAAUGUUUUGUGUGGAAUAUUUAGAUGUUUUUAACCUUAAAGGGAUAUUCCGGCGUAAAUUUAAAUUAUGGUCAAACACACCAUAACACUGAGUCAGACAUCCCCUCGAGAAAUGAAUGUUGCUGACCGCUUGCUUCUCUAGUUAUACCAACUUUAGCAAUGAACACACGAUAGCAAUACACAGCGGUCUACGUCUCCACGCACAAACCACAACCAAAAUGCCACUCUAUAGCCACAAAUAAUGUUCAGAACAGCACCUAACUUCAUCAACAGUACAUAUAGGGUCCCAGCCAUAGUACUAGCCACCAAACAUCUUUUUAACUUUGCCUGAUUUCUUUAGCAAAGAGACUAAACACAACUCACCCACUCUCCUCCAGCAGCUGCUUGUUUGAGGGGUCAUUCUGACGAGUUGAUCACAGAGUGCAGCGGAUGAUUUCAAUGAAGUAAUAAUCAUUUUGCACUGCAGACGUGGUAGUUCUUCUGCCUUUGUGUCUCAGUCUAAGUGCAUUUCCAUGAAGUAAUGAUCAUAAAUGUUCUUCCUUGAGCUGCGAAACUCCGCUGCAAUCGGUAAUUGAGUCAUCAGGGCUCCCCCACAAACAAGCAGCUUCUAGAGGAGCAUGGGUGAGUUGUUUUGGGUCUCUUUGCUAAAGAAAUUAGGCGAAGUUAAAAAGUUGUUUGAUGGGUUGUUCUAUAUGGGACCCUAUAUGUACUGUUGAUGAAGUUAGGUGCUGUUCUGAGCAUUAUUUGUGGCUAUAGAGUGGCUCUUUGGUUGAGGUUUGCGCGUGGAGACAUAGACCAAUGUAUAUUGCUAUCGUGCGGUUGUUACUAAAGUUGGUAUAACUAGAGAAGCAAGCGGUCGGCAACAUUCAUCUCCUGAGUGGGUGUCUAACUCGGUGUUACUGUGUGUUUGACACUAACUUCGUUUUACACCACAAUAUCCCUUUAAAGUCCCUUUUUUUUCUGGCUCGAUUUAAAAGUGCACCUCUUAAAGUGUACUUUAUGUGUUGCUUCUUCUUCUGGGUCUGCAGGCACUUGAGAAGGAUCCAUCACCAGUCAUCACCACGGAAACCUGGAGGUAUGUACCAGCAUAACAGAAAAAUUGGGACAUGUUUUAUCGGUUUUAGGUCAGUAGAGUAUUAGGUCAGAGAUGUGUGUGCUGUGGCACCGACCGUAAAUCUCCAUGUGAGUUAUUGUAGCAAUGGAGAGUUAACACCCACCUGCUCCUGCAUACCAACAUUCCCUUUAAAAAGAUUUAUUCAUGGGUCGUACAUCAAGAAGAAUAAAAAUGCCCUGUUUCUUCUUGAACAUGUUUAUCUGUAGGACUAUCUUUGGACUGUCUGUGAUGAUAACUGAAUCUCUCUCAGUCCCCAGAAGAGUGACAUCGAGGACUCCUUCGAGCCAUCCCCUGAAGUCCAGCAGCGCGUCCGUGUCGUCGCUCAAAGAGGAAAGUCAAUGGAAGAGCUCGGGGCAUCCAAGUUAACGAGACUGUCAGCCUUGAGUAAAAGCUCCGAGCAGCUGGAUCAAAUGUCCAGAUAUUCAUGCGGACCGGGAGGACUGGACCGAGAGAAGAGGGGCGUCACGUUCUUCGCCGAAGUCAGAGACAUCCAGGGACAGGACAGGGGGAGGAAAAAACAGUUUAUCAUCGAGCAGGCGAGAGAGAUUUUCAGUCCGAGGAAAACUCAGGGACAGGCACCGAACCAAACCCAGAGGAGGUCUCUGUUGAAGCAGAACUCGGAUCCAGAGCAGGAUGCCUCAGGAACAAGGAGCUCCAGUAGAUCCACCUCUCCAGCCUCGCGCUCCUCCUCCCGGGCCAGGGCUCAGUCUGGAUCUCCUGGUUCUCACAGCCUUGUCACAGAUGAGUUCAAAUCCAGCGGGCCGCCCAGUGAGACUGCAUCUCACCCGCCUUCCCCCAGAGGUCUAGAUACCAGCGAGGGGGAGAUCAAAUCAACGUCAUCUACCCCCACUCAGACAAAGCUCCCCUUUGAAAGCAGGCCUAGCUCCAGGUAAGAUUCAACCCUUAGACCCCUGCAGCAGUUUUUUUCUUCUGCUCGUGUGUUUGACCAUGUUUUGUUCCACUUCCUGCAGAGUCCGAACUUCUCCCUCUCUGGCUGGAUCAGAGAAAGAGCCGUCAGUGGACGUACCGACCGCAGAAGCCCCUCCAGCUGAGUCAAACAACCAGGUAUCUCUGAGCUGCGGCGUCACCACGGAUCCAUCCCUGUGGAUCGUCCCCCCUGAAGAUGAGAUCAAAACGGACAUCCAGCCUUCGUCGCUGACAGACAACGUUUUUGACGACGAGUCCACCAGCCCGGCCCCUCCAGCACAGACAAGCAAGACCUCUGUGUCUCCAUGCGCCUCCGUCUCUGACACCGACAUCAGUCAGCACGCAGAAGAGAAGAAAAGUCCAGAAGCGGAAGAUGAGAAGUCGAAAGAAACCCCGGCGAUGGAGGAGAGGGGGACACCAGAGGGAGAGACGGAGAGCCAAGAGAGGCCCGCCGAGACCCCCAAGUGGGAGGAGCUCGUGGAAGCGAUGGUGAAGGCUGACCAGUCGCUGGCCAGAGUGCUCUACCCGCUGGCGAAUCGCAAGACGGCGCUGAUGCUGAUGGAGCAGCUGCUGUCGGAGGACACUCUCCUGAUGGAAGAGCACUAUAAGAAGAAGCAGGAGCAGAAAGGAGCUGCUGAAAGGUAAAUGUUCAAACCCGGGGCGUACUGAGCUCUGGAGUUUUUUCUAGAGUUGACAUACAAAUGGAAGAUUUGCCAGCAAGCCGUGAGCGAGCGGCUGCAGAGAUGGAAAAAAUGAUCCCUCCAGCUCAAGUCCCAACUCUCUCGGUGUUGGACUCCUCUGUGAAACUUGAUCCUGGUUUCUAAUUGCCAGAGAUCUGCUCCACCAGCACUGUUACACUUUGUUGCAUCACAUUGCAGAGACUCAGUUGACUGUCUACUUAUUGCUGCGCCUGCACUCCGGUUUCUGCUAGUGUAAGCUCACUGCAGAUACAUCAAGAAUGUGCACUUGCAGUUCACAUCUAUGUAAUAUGUAACCAACACUCAGGGUUGAACUGCACAUAAAACAUCAAAAUUUAUUGGCCCCUAUUGUACAGACAGAUCAGCAGAGUGUGAGAAGUGAGCUUCACCUGUACACCUGUUUCUUUUCUAGAGUGGAAAAAGAGGAAGGGGCUGCACCACCUCUGUGUCUUCCUGCUUCUAACAGCCUCGUAUCUCAGUGUGCGGAUCUGCAGAGCAAAGCUGACAUCACUGAGAAGAAGGUAAUUAUUAAUUUAUGCACCACAGCGGAUGUUUUAGGUUUUUCUGCAGAGAAAACAGAAAAAAAAAGAUGUUGCAACCGGCUGCAAAACGAGCCCAGGAAUGUGUAGCCUGGACGAAUAAUAAGGUUAUAUGUGACUGAAAGGGUCAUUAAGAAUGGCAGGAAAGCAGACGUAGCAGCUGAACAAACAGGACUUCAAACUUUGCUCUCUUUUUAUUUUAAGAGCAGAAAUACUGACGUCACUCUGAUACAAUCUGGUUGCUAUUUGGCCUUAAGUGGACCUGAAUCAGACUGAGUUAGUUAUAUGUAUCUUAUCACAAGAUGCGCUGUCUGACUCUUAUCAGUGUCCUACAUUUGGCUAAUGUUUGGCUCUGCAAAUAGCCUCUUCCUCCUCCUGAUUCAUGUUAACAGUCUUAACUUUUGUCCAUUUUUCUAUGAAACUAUAUCUGAAUUUGAAAAUAUAGAAGUUGUCGUAAAUCUAGGUCAACUUGUUUCCACACUGUCUCCUCAGCGACUGUUAGUGUCCCACAUUGAGGAACGACUGAAAUCGCUGGAAGAGAUGCGCAGCGCCCUCCAGACAGAGAUUCAGGAGAACGUGGCCCACGGUGAGACCCUGGAGGUACUGGUCCGUGAGCGCUGUCUGCCUGUGGAGCUGGAGAGGUACACCCUGUUCAUAGGAGACCUGGAGAGGGUGGUCAACCUGCUGCUGUGCCUCUCCGCUCGGCUGGCCAGGGUGCAGAAUGCACUGAGCACCGUGGAUCAACACACGGACGCAGAGGAGAAGGUGAGGACAUAGAGCCUUUGUGAAUUAAAGGGAUAUUCCGGCAAAAAUUUAAGUUAGACAUCCCCUUGAGAAAUGAAUGUUGCCGACUGCUUGCUUCUGUAGCUAUACCUACGUCAGUAACGACCACACAAUAGCAAUACACAGUGGUCUAUGUCUCCACGUGCAAACCUUAACCAAAAAGCUACUUUAUAGCCACAAAUAAUGCUCAGAACAGCACGUAACUUCAUCAACAGUACAUAUAGGGUCCCAGUCAUAGUACUAGCCAUCAAACAUCUUUUUAGCUUUGCCUGAUUUCCUUAGCAAAAAGACUAAACAACUCACCCACUCUCCUCCAGCAGCCGCUUGUUUGUGGGGGAGCCCUCACGAGUCCAUCACAGAGUGCAGAGGAAAAUUUAUGAUUAUUAGUACAAGUACUAGCCACCAAACAUCUUUUUAGCUUUGAGACCAAACCCGCAGUGCAGCGGGGUUUCGCAGCUCAAGGAAGAACAUUUAUGAUUAUUACUUAAUGGAAAUGCAAUCAAUCAGACACUAAGGCAGAAGAACGACCACGUCUGAUUGGAAAAUGAUUAAUAUGAUGAUUAUUACUUUAUGGAAAUGAUCCGCUGCGCUCCCCAACAAACAAGCGGCUGCUGGAGGAGAGUGGGUGAGUUGUGUUUAGUCUCUUUGCUAAAGAAAUCAGGCAAAGCUAAAAAGAUGUUUAGUUGGGUGCUGAAGGUAGGUGCUGUUCUGAGCAUUAUUUGUGUCUAUAGAGUGGCGUUUUGGUUGAGGUUUGUGCGUGGAGACGUAGACUGCUGUGUAUUGCUAUUGUGAGGUUGUUACUGAAGUUGGUAUAACUAGAGAAGCAAGCAGUCUGCAACAUUCAUCUCUCAAAGGGGUGUCUACUCUGGAAUAUCCCUUUAAGAAUAUCAGAGAUCUGUGGAGAGGUAAAAAUCCCUUCAUUUAGACCUCUUAUCUUCCAGACAGUAUUUGUUUUUCAUUUAUUUCUCCACAGUUUAGUUUGCAAACCUGUGAAAUUGUCUUGAAUGAGUGUGAAAUUGCAGUUUAUAUUGGGUUAUUUUCUCAGUUUUUUCUCAGUUGCAUAAUUGUCAGACAGAACUGUUAUGAAAACUCUCCUUUAUGGUGCAUUCAGCGACUUUGAAAUCAGAGGUUUCUGCAGUAGAGUAGAAUAAAUGCAUCUCUGCUUACUCUCAUUUCUCUGUUAUUCUCUCAGCAGAAUCUGAUUUAAAGCGCAUCUGAAUCCGUUUAAUAAAAACUCAGAUACACCGUUAAAACACGGUCAAACUCUCUGUCUAUUACAGUCUAUGUGCACGCUCAUCUCUCUCCCUGUGGUUGUUUACACACAUCAACACUAAUGCUUGUGAGCUAAAGCAUGCUGUACAGUCAGAACGCUCCUGAGGCGGGUUAUUAUUAUAUCAUUUAAACCCUGUAGUUCACAUGAUUCACCGCCGCUCAUUCAGAGCCUCUGGCAGCAGGAGAGUAAGAAGAGGUGUUGGGCUGCUCCCAUGCCCUCAGCUAUACUCUCAUUCUGUUUGCUCUAGAAUAACAAACAUGCCAUUUGGGGAAAGUUGAAGGGCGACUUGAACGGAGUCAAGGUUUCUCGCUCUGCGGAAUUCAAAAAAUGCGCUCGGCUUUAUCUGUUUAAUCGCCCGUUCAGAGCUUAUCUGCGUCUGGGCCAAAUGAUUUAUUUAACGACGACUUUUAAUAACUACAGACGAUGUUAUUGCUUAUCAUUAAUCACUUUAAACUCUCUUAUGACUUGAUUUGAGUCUCUCCAAACUGGCUGUAGAUUUGGUUGGAGCUGUUUUGUGCCUCGUUUCAUUUCAUCAUCAUUUUACGUUUGCAUGGAUGCAUUAGAUUCCUAGAUUGAUCCCUGAAAGAGCUCCUUGUUCGUUCUUUUUCCACCCCGGCUGAACGUGCUGCAUGCUCAGGGCUUGUUAGAGGCUCAUUUGUUUUCUUGCUGUUAUCAGCAACACUGGUAUUUACACUGACUCACCGAAACUCCAGCCCGGUUUCGAUGACAUUUGUAUCUACCCUGCCCUCUGUUGACACAAGGAAACACUGCACCUCCUUUUCCUGUGGCUGUUUGACACAUGAUCGGACGACUUUCACUACCGGUUAUCACAUCAGUGUUUACAUUCGUAUUCAAACACAAAUAAGAGUCAAAACCUUUUGUCUACAGGAGUCCAGGUGUAGAGUUAGAUGAGCAUUAUUACAGCUGAAUACAAACUCUUUCCUUUUCUUUUCCUUUGCACUCAGCAAUCUCUGGACAGUCGCCAUCGCCUGCUGUGCAAACAGAGGGAGGACGCCAAAGAUCUCAAGGAUAACCUGGACCGGAGAGAGAAUCUGGUCUCCACCUUUCUGUCCCGCCAGCUGUCCACCGAGCAGCUGCAGGACUACCGGCGCUUCGUCCAAACCAAGGCGUCGCUGCUCAUCCGGCAGAAGGACCUGGAGGAGAAGCAGAGGCUGGGAGAGGAGCAGCUGGAGGCGCUUUCCUGCAGCCUGAAUGUUUGAGAGAGAGAGAGAGGAGGAGGAACGAGAGCACUGAUUUCUUCUUCUUGAUAGGAUGUUCAAAAGGACACGCAGAGGGGUUUUCACUUUUUAACUUGAGGUACUUUUUAAAGAUGUGGAUGUGGAUAUUUCCGACCCUUUGCACCCGGCCUUUUGAGAUUGAGAGGGCAAAAAAAACAACACACACAAUCCACAUCCUUCUUUUAACUAAAGGCUGAACAAGAUACGAGCGUUUAAGACGAUAAAAACUGAUGCUCCUUGUCUUUCGCUCACACUCUGAAACGUAAAUCAGGACUUCUUCACCGUUUCCGUUGACUUCAGACUGUUUUUUUUCCGUGUGCCUUUAUCCAUCAGAGCUGCUGGUUGGAAACUUUGCGUCCCUUGCAAUCCAGCUGCUAUCCCCCCUUCCUAGACGAUAGUCGCUCACGGCCCCGUACCUGCACCAGUGGAAACCUUUAAUAAGCUUUAAGAUUGUAUUUUGACCAGUGAGAAGAGGCUUCAGUUAAAGAGAGUAGCCUGAGAGGGGGGCGGUGUACUGUAUCAUGUUAGUAAAAGAAAAAAAAUGUACAAUAGAUGUAGAUUUAAUCUUUUUUUUUAUGUCCUUUUUUAAAAAAAAUAAAUGUUUCAAAUUAAGGCACUAAAAACCAAAAAGGGUGAAUGAAAAAAAAAGCACUUUGUAAUGAUACGUAAAUGCACAUUUCUUCAAAAGUCAAAGGAAAGCCUCACUUCAAUAUCUCCGCUUUGAAAUCUUUGAAUAGGAAUGUUGAAAUCAUGUUCUGAAAAGGUACACGAGCACGCACACACACACACCCCAGCAACAUUCAGGAAUGUGUACAAAUUCUUCUCCGGCUUAUUUCAUGCUUAAUGUUAUUAAGUCUCGAUGAUUUCAUGCUGGAACGGUUCCUCAUACAGAGGCAGUAAACCUCUUUUAAAGCAGAUUAUAAGUAAGCAACAAUUAUUUCUCCCAAUGUCCCUUUUGUCGCAGGAGUGACACGUGAUACUUGAAAUACUUUGUUUGAACGAGCAAGUCCACAAUCUUCACUUUCAGGUGUCUUAAACUCAUUUCUCUCUUCUCUACCUCCACUGUUUAGCCCCUUUUAGACGCAUAUAACCCUGUAGUUUUAUUUAAAUCGACACGGCUGUCUUUAGAGGAAAAGCUCUUAUGAUAUUAAUCCCUAUUUCCUGAUUAUUAGCGUUGUUUUCGGAGUCACGUGAGCUGUUUGCUCCACAUGUGCAGACAGCUCGGAAUCAUGAAUGUCGUAACCUUUGUGUGCGUAGAGAUUAGUCGUCGAACGAGAAGACAGAACUCCUCUUGGUGUUUGCUGUGUACACAAAAUAACCCCUAUUAAGUCUUAAAAUGAUCAAAACGUUUUCAUCCCUCAGGAAACACACCUGUCAGCUAAACUCUUUUAAGCGUUUGUCGUUUUUAUCGUGUCUAUAUCAUGUUAAUCAGAAAGACGAGUGUCAUAGGUCGAUAUAAACUCCUCCACGUCUUCACUUCACCCCCUGCAGCAUUUCUCCGGAGAUUUACGUCCGGCCCGUUUUAGUUUGCUAAACAAAUGUAUGUUUGUUUUGGCCUUUGUGCUGACGCAGGAGCCGAGGAGUUCGAAAAGACUCUCGUGUUGUUUCCUGCAGCCUCUUGGAAUUCCUCAAAAAGACCAGCGUUUUUGGAGUACGAAGGAACAGAAGCGAGGGAGAAGCUCCUACCGGGGAGCAACACACGGAGGAAUAAUAAUCCGUUUUGAGUUCUUGCUUUGUGUGCAUACUAACUCCUGAGUCAUUUCUUGUUUCUGUCUUUCAAAGCAGUGUUUUGUUGAGGUCGCAGAGAGAGAAGGGGACCUAGUUUGGGAGGUUUGCAUCAUUAUUAUGAGCAGAGCGACGUAUUUCAGUCCUAGCUGGUGGUUAUGACAGCAGACAUUUCUGAAGCCACAUUUUUCUGCUAUAUUCUUCUUUUCUUUUGAGAUGUUUGAGAUGUUUUUUGUGCCUGUUUGGAGUUGUAAAUUCCAUGAUGUUUGUAAUAUUGUGAAUAAAUUAAGCUUUCCCUCUC